GGAGCACAUUGUCUCACAGCUUCCUUUGUUAUUGAAAAUGUCCCAGUAGCAGAGAGUCCAGAGCUGUGGGAUUGGACCAUACUGGAUCUGCCCAUGCUUUUUCAUGAUAAGGGAGGCAGGGACGGUCUGGAGGAAUGGUCUGCUACACUGGCUGCUAAAAGCUGAACACACUGCAGGAGAGAGGACUGACUGAGCACAAUACAGCAGCGAGCCACUGUGGGAGAGAGAGAGGGGGGGGUAGAAAGACACUGAGCAACAACGGUGCAGCCAAGGAAACCGCAGAAACACUCUUCCCCCAAAUCCCCAACUCUGCCAAGAGAGGAGAGAAAGAAGCAGCAGAGACAAACAGAAGCAUUUUUGGCUUUCAGAUUAAAAGAAGAAGAAAAAAAUAACAAUACGUUGGGCAAGAUCAGUUGCUUAAGAUACAAAUUCAGAGAGAAAGGCGUGACAGGACUAUUUAAUACAAAGUAAAGGAUUGUAGCGCAGCGCUGCUUUAAUGAUAAAUGCAUUUGGGAGAAGAAACAAGCAGAAACAGGACAAGAGCGACAAUGAGGAUCGCGUGGCUACUGCUUUCACUCAGCUUCCUGUUUCACAGUGUCUGUCCAGAUGUCACUUCUGUGGCUAUUCCUUCUGUCACAGCUGGGCUAUUGGCUACCAGUGGGGGUAGCCCAUCUGGGACUGAGCAAACUGUUAAUGGUAAACCCAAGUUAGACGUAGCUCCACUUGGUGGUGUUGCUGAUCCUACGCAGGGACAUACACUAACACAGUCAACUACUGCGGUCACCACAGCAGAAAUGACUGCUACAGACAUGACUGCAGACCCCCAUGUCCCCACCCAAACACAAGCAAUCAUCAUAAACAAUCCAUCAUCAACUCAAAUUAGCAUCUCUAGUGCCCCUCCUAUUUUGACGAGUGUUAUCAAUCCUGCUGCUACAUUCAUCCCCCUGAAGUUCACAGUCCCAGUUGCAACAGCUACAACAGCUACAGCAGCUGCAACAGUUGAAACAGCUGCAACAACUGCAACAGCUGACAGUGGCGGAAGUUCAGUGGUAUCCCCCAAUUCUGGCAACGUACAGACACCUGAAGCCUCUCUACCCACUAAAACCUCCGGGACUGAACUGCCUGUCAUGCUAACAGGAAAUCCUCAUCAUGUGGAGACAUCCAACAUUACAAAGGUCUCAACAGAUGCCACAGCAGGACAACAGUCCAUGACUCACACCACCAUCUCUUCCAAGAUGAGCGAAGGAUAUACAGAGAAAACAACUGUGGCUGUUACAAGAAAUGAACAGACAGCAUCAGGAGGCCCAGAGCCAAAUUGGAACCCAGGAACUACCAGCACCGCCCCCACUCAGACCGAAACAGUAUCUCUUGUACCUGACAACCUAACUAAAACCAUGUUCCUGCAAACCACCACCUCCACCACUACCAGAGAACCUCAGCUAAAGAUGUUGCAGUAUUCUCUAAACAGCAGACACGAGAAAGAGAAAGACAAAGAACUGGUGGAGGUGUGCAGGCGGUUGAUGGCAAAUUUGCAAGAUGGAAACUGCACCCUGACAUGGAGGCAGCACAAGGGCAAAGUACAGUUUGACUAUGUGGAGAUAAAUGGCAAAGUGAAAACGAGCCUUGCAACCCAGUAUUAUGAAGAAAUUAACAAGAAAGCUACAGAUAAUAAAACCCUGAUAGCCAUCCUGGCCUCCUGUGGAGCUCUGCUCAUCAUGAUCGUCAUCCUUGCCGUCUGUGCCUCCCACCACCGCAAGCCAUACAACGAGAACCAGCAACAUCUUACGGAGGAGCUGCAUACGGUGGAGAACGGUUACCAUGACAACCCCACGCUGGAUGUGAUGGAGGUGCAGCCGGAGAUGCAGGAGAAGAAGGUGGCACUGAAUGGAGAGUUCAACAACGACAGCUGGAUCGUCCCCUUCGACAACCUGCUGAAGGAGGACAUACCUGAUGAGGAGGACACUCACCUGUAGUCACAACCAGGGACAAAGGAGGAGAAGAAAAACAAGGAGGCGGUGACAGGACCUGACUAGUUCCAACCCAAACAAACAAAAGAAUCCACACUUCUUGCUCCAUGCCAGUCCUGCCUACUCAUCUUACACUCCUGACCCUGGGAUCAUGCUCCUGUAGCCAGAGAAAACUUUCUCACAUAGAAAUGUAUCCUAUAGAGCAACCAAGCCACCACAUUAAUGCUGCUGACCUGCUCUGUUUGAUGUAUUUCUUCUGCAUCUUGUUAUGAAAUAGAAAUAAGGAUAAAAAUUCAAACAAUUUGAGGAUGAACAAACCAAUAAAAUCAGACACAGUGACCUUGAAAGCUUAAUGUUUGAAUUCCCCAAAAUAGUAUAGGCACAACAGUACUUCUACAUUUGGGGAAGAGCCAGGGGAUCUGAUCAACUGAUCACUUUGUGUUAUCAUUUGGCUCUGGAGACCCAAGAAGAAGAUGAGAGAGGUAACAACAACGUCAGCAGUUCCAGAGUAACUAAGUUAGGUAGAUGACCUCAGGAUACUUAAAAGCUUCCUGGUGAUUUUCUACUAGUGUGUUUGGGAUAUGAGGAAACUGUCAGUGGCCGCACUGGUACAACUGAGUCCUAAACUUUUUCAUAAAAGAUGGAACUUGACCAUAAAGACACAGCUUAAGGCAGUUGGGUCUAUAGAAAUAAUACAGAUGAAGGGUUUUAAUCCAAAAUGCCACACAUUGACUAUAGGGACAUAUCACAAGUUUAUUUUGUCUUGAUAUGUGACAUUGGCUUAAAGUUGUUUUCAUGUGAUUACAAAAUGAUUACGCAGCAGUCAAAAGAAAAUGCUCCAGCUCUCAUCUUAUCAUUUGGAAAAACAAAAGUCUUAAGUAAGGCUGAAACAAUUAGUUGUUUAAUCAAUUAGUCAAUCAACACAAAAUUAAUUGGAAACUUGUUUAAUAAUUGAUUAAUCAUUUAAAUCAUUUUUUAAGCAAAAAUUCACAGCCUCCAGCUUCAAAGGCAAGUAUUUGUUGUUUUUAUUGGUCAUCUAUGAUAUUAAACUGCAUAUCUUUGGGUUUUGGACUCAUGACGGGACAAAACAAGACAUUUGAAUAUUGCGAAUUUUUACUUUUUUACUACAUUAUGAACCAAACCAAUUUAUGGAGAAAAUAAUAGCUAUCGAUAAUGAAAAUAGUCGUUGAUUGCAGCCUAGUCUCUACUUCUGUCAUCACUGGCCUUCAAUAAUGGAGGAAACAGCUCAGAAUUAUUUAAAAAAUGUAGUAAACCAGAAUUAUCCUUUAAGUUUCACAAUGGGGCAUUUAAAUAUCAGUUAUUGUAUUUACUGUAGUUACUGUAUUCAUCAAGUUAAUUGCUGAGAUCUUAGCAUUGCUGCAAAAAAGUCUGACAGGGCAUGAAACGUGAGCAGUCAGGAGAUCAGAGAUCGUAGGUAAAAAAAAAAACCAACAGUUUAUCCAGCUUAUGUUAACAACUUUAUUGGUGGUAAAACUGAAAGUGAGCCCACCUGAAAUGUCGAUAAUAAUCCCACACCACAUAGGAAAACUGUGUGGGCACACCUAUUGUUAGUACAGUAAGCAAUUUGUGAGCACUGCUUACACAAAGAUUGCAAAUGGAAGCACCAUGUUUCACAAAUUAUUGUCACUUGCAAAUUGCAAAUAACUUUGCAAGUCCAACAGCAGUCUUGCAUGCCAAUGAAUGGGUUUCAAAUAUGGUGUUGGAUCUGAUUGAAACAUGUCAGUCAAAGAAAGACUAUUUAACUUUUGAAAAUAGAAACACAAUUUCCUUUUACAAACUAGAAGGUGAAUUCAUAAGAAAUAAAAUAUACCGUUGCUCGAUACAAUACACUAUGACCACUAGCUAAUGGUAGCUAAUCAAACUUUAGAUAGAUAUUGUUUUGCAACCUGACAUUUUUGAGUCACUUUACUUACUUCAUUACUUUUCUAUACUAUUUGUGCUGCUGUUAAACUACAUUUUAACAUGUCAUGGAUAGAAAUGUAAUGGUUUUAUUAUGAAAGUAAAAGUAAACAAUUGUUGCUCAGCAGAAGACAAGUUUGUUGUUCCAUUUCACUCACCCUCAGCUCUCACUUUUAACUUUUAAAUUAUGUUUAAAUCAUCAAAUACAUUCCAUUCCCUCAUUCACACUAAGUCAGGUCACCUAGUGAGGAUGUCUGUAAAGCAACUGAACUAAGAUAUUCUUGGGAAAUUAAAGUAAAAGAUUCAUCAUCCUGUGAUUACCACUUGUGGUCACAGUGGCUGCUGUUCAGAAAAAGUCAUAGUAUCACUUUAAAGUGAAGGAAAAUAAUGUCAUGUUGCAAAUCGGAGCUUUGUCCCCUGGUCUGUAAACUGCGAGGCUGACACGGAUAGGCUGGGUAAUAAGUUUACUGUUCGCCUUCGUUUCCUCUUCCAAAUACGGUUGUUUAAAACCUGGCUGAUUGUCUGACUGCUUAGAUUUCUUGCCCUGUUGGACUGUCCAAUAUAACUAUUGCUGAUAGGGGUGAUGCAAAAACUACUAAAAUAACACUCAGGUUUAAUGGAAUUGUGGAAUAAUCCUUUACCUACACCAAAGUUAUUUUCCAAAGCCAGUACAAAUAAACAUGCCUCACUUUUACUGGCUGUCACAAUGAUGUAUUUUUAUGAGUCAAGGUGCAAAGCAGGCAGAAAAUAUUCAAUGUAUACUUUCUCCUUGAAAAGAAAUAUAACAAAAGUGCCAACUCCUCAUUCAGCCAAAUACUGGUAACAAGAAUAAAACUGGACAGAUGCUGAUUUGCUUUUUAAAGCUGAUGUUGGUCAACACAGGCACUGUGCCAAUAACUUGGUGCAAGCUGUAAAUAGCUGUAAAAAGGGUUUGUUUUUUUUUCCACUGUUGCUGAUGCUGGAGGGAUUGUGUCAUCCAACAUUUUAAGAUGUCUGACUUGAUGUUAAAACCCUCUCCUGAAUUUUUUUCAACUUUUAUUUUUUUAAUUUUUUUGUUCAGUUUAAGAAUGUAAUUCCCAUUAAAAAAGUAAGAAGUUACUAUAUAUUCACUUCCACUUCAAACUAUAUACAAGUGAGUCCAUCACCUCGGACACUGCAAUCCAACCUUGUUUUUUUGUGUGUUCACAUGUGUCUACACUUUCACUUUUAUUAUAGCGGUGCCAUUUUCACCACAGUACAUUAUCAGUAUUUGAUGUAUUUAUGGUUUGUUUGCUGCUGAAGGCAAACAGCAGGGGUCUGACACACUGGAAGCUGUAAACUGUCAAUCGCCUUGGCGGUCAUAUUCAGAUUUGCAAAUAAAGGAGGUGUUUUUCCACUUUG